AUACAUUUUAUAUUCAAAAACUUCCUAAAAUUAAUAAAUAAAACAUCAUUAACGUAUAUAAAUAUGUCUGUCUUAAAUACCACCACAAAAUUAUUGAGUUUGAAAUGCGAUUUGCGUUUUUUUAUGUCGAUUGAUAAGAUGAUAAGGUUAUCUCAAGGUCUGCCCACUAGUCAUGGAUGUGGACAAUAUUUACUUCAUUGGUGUGGAUGUGGGCUCCGGCAGUGCCCGGGCUGCACUGGUGGACGCCAAGGGACAUGUACUGAAGGCUUGUGUGAAGGAGCUAAAGACAUGGAAACCAGCGGUAGACUUCUAUGAACAAUCUUCUAACAAUGUCUGGGACUGUUGUGUGGCUUGUAUUAAGGAUGUGACUGAACAUAUCAAUCCUGAAAAUAUAAAAGGCAUUGGAUUUGAUGCUACUUGCUCAUUGGUGGCCCUUGACAAGAACUGCAACCCGGCGGCCGUGAGCAACUCCAGUAAUAAUGAACAGAAUAUCAUCAUGUGGAUGGACCACCGCGCCCACGCCGAGGCCGACCUCAUCAACAAGACCAACCAUGACAUACUGAAGUAUGUUGGAGGAAAGGUCUCCUUGGAAAUGGAAAUGCCGAAACUUCUGUGGCUGAAGAAAAAUCUGUCAAACAAAUGGGCAGACUUUGGAUACUUUUUUGACUUGCCUGACUUCCUCACAUGGAAGGCCACAGGUUCCUUUUCUCGUUCACUGUGCUCUCUUGUUUGUAAGUGGAAUUACGAAUGCUCAUUGGAUGGUAAAAGGGGGUGGAAUAUCAGUUAUCUACAAGAAAUUGGAUUAAAAGAUUUAUCCAAUGAUGACUUUAAGAAAAUUGGAAAUAAAAUUUUGAUGCCUGGGGAGGUUUGUGGAGGUUUAACUAAAAAAGUAGCUGAGGUGUUAGGCUUGAGAGCCGGCACUCCCGUGGCCACGUCUAUCAUAGAUGCUCAUGCUGGAGGCCUGGGCAUGGUUGGGACCAAUGGUGAAGGCAUCAGCCGGGAUAUGUCCAGCAGACUCAGUCUCAUAUGCGGCACGUCCACCUGCCACAUGGCUGUCAAUGCAUCCCCUGUGAUGGCUCAGGGUAUAUGGGGGCCCUACUUCAGUGCCAUGGUGCCGGAGCUGUGGUUGAAUGAGGCUGGCCAGAGUGCUUCAGGCAUGCUAAUGGACCAUGUCAUAGCCAGUCACCCAGCUGGCAUAGACAUGUUGAAAAAGUCUAGUACUGGAGACGUUCGCGCUCAAUUACGACAGACCCUAGCGUCCAUGGCUGCUUCGAAGCACUUGCCUGACGUGAGCAUGCUGAGCAAGGACUUCCACGUGUGGCCCGACUACCACGGCAACCGCUCGCCGCUGGCCGACCCCAGCAUGCGCGGCGCCGUCGUCGGACUGGCCAUAGACAACAGUGUCGAGAACCUGGCGCUCAUGUAUCUCGCCACUUUACAGGCUCUUUCGUACGGGACGAGGCAUAUCAUAGAGACGCUAGAGCUGUCUGGGUACCGGCCAUUCCAAUCGUUACUUAUAUGCGGGGGGCUGGCCAAAGACCCGCUCUUCGUGCAGACCCAGGCGGACGUGGUCGGCCUCCCGAUGCUGAAACCUCAGGAGAAGGACUCGGUGCUAGUCGGAGCCGCCAUCCUCGGCGCGUGCGCGUCGCAACACUUCAACAACGUGCAAGAUGCCAUCAACAAUAUGGGCGGCUCGGCUGACGUCAUCAAACCUAACGCCAGCAUCAAAACAUAUCAUGACAAAAAGUACAAGGUGUUUAUAAGAAUGUUCCAGGACCAACUUAAAUAUAGGGCCAUUAUGAAUCAGUAAUCAAAGCAACCUAAGUACAGCGCUUUAUUAUAAAUUGAUGUGCUGU